AUGGUUUACAUUCACGGUGGAAGUUACCUUAUGGGAACAGCGAUCAUUUUUCCUAGCGAUAUCCUGGCUCUCCAGGGGGUGGUGGUGGUCAUAAUCCAGUAUCGUCUAGGUCCCUUUGGUUUCUUGACGACCGGUGAUUCAGCGGCACCUGGUAACUAUGGAAUGUUGGAUCAAGUGGAAGCACUGAAGUGGGUCAAAGAAAACAUUGAGAACUUUGGCGGGAAUCCCAGCAAAGUGACCAUAUUUGGAGAGAGCGCUGGAGGAUCCAGCGUGGGGCUCCAUCUUCUAUCGCCUCUAUCACGUGAUCUCUUUCAUCAAGCCAUUCCAGAGAGCGGUGUAGAUUUAAGUCCCUUUGCGAUUCAGCCAACGUCUUUUGGUCUCCGUUUCACUAAAGAGCUUGCACAAAAACUGAAUUGUGGAUCCAGUGACCAUUCUGCAAUGGUUUCUUGUAUGCGCAGAAAAACAGCGUCAGACAUGCAAAAAGCCGCAGAGUCAAUCAAAUUUGGUUUCGUUAAUUAUAUUUACUGGGCACCAGUCGUAGAUAAAAACUUUCUUCAUGAUACACCCCAGGUUUUGAGGAAAAAAGGAGAAUUCAAGCCAUUGCCGCUUAUCAUCACCUUCACUAGUAACGAGGGGGCGACUUUUCUUGGAGACAUGGUCAACAAUUCUUUUGGGCUGAUGGAGAGCGUUGACAAUGGAGUCAGUCCGACCUUGUUUAAAUCAUUUCUUACUAAGUUCGCUCAAGUUCAAAACAGUAGGUAAGAUCAGUAAAAAUUAAAUAUUUGCUCAGUAGUUUCAAUGCAGCAGAACCCCUUUAACUCCAACUUCCCGCCAACUCUGACUAAAUUCAAUUUCCCUUGGAUUUCAACACGCUUUUCUGUCAUUUUUACUCGGUUAACUCCAACUUGGAAAACUCGAAUUCCCCGCUAACUCGAACUAAAACACCUUUUCGCCUCCCCUGAUAAAAAAAGUCUCGGAAAUGUACCCCGAUAACUCGAAUUCUGGUUCUUUUAACUACUAAACUAAUCUAUAAACUAACUAAUCCCAGUAGCUCUUCUUGUUAUAUGAGGGCGUGAAACACUAAAACUGAUAUUAGUCACUGUUAAAGGCAAUUUCAUUUUAAUUGGUGAAACAUACAGAUCACGUUUUAUCAUAAAAGUGCCUAAUCAUGUUACCGUGUCUGAUGAAAUAAGUAAACUUGUACUGCACCAUACACUGAAAUGAAUUUUUCAAUCGACCCCGGUAAAUCCCGGCGUGACCACUCGAACUGUUCCGUAAUCGAACUUAAUCGAACGAUUGGGUUCGAUUAAGUUCGGUAAUCGAACACAAGCGAACCACGAGAGUUCGAUUAAGUUCGAUUUUUGAACUUAAUCGAAGCAAUCGAACUUAAUCAAGCGUUCUAAACCAACACUCAAAAUAGACAAGAACAAAGCGAUAAAACAACCAAAUCAACUGAGAUCGUGAGGAAUAAAUGUUCCGGGUUUAUUGAAUUCGCGUGAUCGGUUUGUUUUACUGUAGCGCUGCUUUCACGUGGCAGACACAAACGUGGCGGAAGUCUGAACGUGCCGGUGCGUCUGGCUGCGGCGUUACAUACAAGGGACGUUGUAAAGUUAAAAAACUCUUUAAUGAAGCAUAUCAUUCACUCUGUGAUUGAGGAGGUCGAUUAAAGGAUAAAGUUGUAAUAUGGCUAUGUAGUCUUAUGGUUCCGGGUUGUACUUGUAUAUAUUAUCGCUCCAAAAAUUAAACUACACCGUACACCGAUCCGCUACAACGUAACCACUACCGGAAUAUACUCAGUCGUAGUUUAUUAUGUACCCUGUUUAGGACAGAAAGGUCAAGAACCUCACCCUGUCCAGCGGCACAUUCCCUUAUAGGUCAUAUAACCUAAGCAAGUAACCUCCCGGGGACAUAACAGGCCACCAACCAUGUUGCAUUAACAUUUAUCAAGAGAGAGUAAUAGUGACUGCUGUUUCUCUCUGGAGACCAUCCUCCGAUUAACUCAAGCGUUUGUCGGUAUCAAAUUAACUUUGGUGAAAUUCACAUAUCCCCAGGGCUAGACAGGGCGUUUCCCUCUGUGUCUCAUUAUUCCCUUUUUGCAUUUAUUUAUUCAUUUGCUUGUGUUUUAUUUGCGCGCAGUAUUUUACUUUUCCCUUCAAAAUAAAACUAGUGAGGCAAGUUCCUCGGAUUGCUUCACCCUGGGCACGGCUCUGGUCUUUGGAAUAAUUGUUAAAUAUCCGUCACUUUUUUUUAGGAAGAAGAAUGCUGAUCUUCUCGCCGAUGCCUUGGAGUUCAUGUACACCCCUUGGCCUGAUAACAGUAACACAUACGCAUUAAGAAGUGGACUUGUUGAUGUUAUUGGAGAUAACCUUUUCGUUGCCCCCAGUCACAAAGUCGCUGAUGUUCACAGUCAGGUCGCUCCUGUUUACAUGUAUGAAUUUGCUCAUCGGGGAAAGUCAAGUUUGGAGGUACGUGCAGAGUGGAUGGGUGUUGUUCAUGCUGAAAACAUUCCGUUUGAUUUCGGAGUUCCUUUCCUUCCCAAAUUUUCGCCACAUUAUAGUCCCGCUGACAGAAAUGUCAGUCUGUUUAUCAUGACCAUGUAUGCAAACUUUGCCCGGUCCGGCGAUCCUUCAGUCAGCGGUGUCACGUGGGAGAAAUACAACUCGAGUCACAGAGCUUACCUUAAAGUGGACACAAGUCCCAAACUGAAGGCGUCAUUUAAUUCUCGCCGAAUGUCUUUUUGGAAUAAUUAUUAUCCUAAAUUGGAGCAGGUGAAGUUUGAUGUCAAUAAAGAGGUGGUCAGCGGUGCAAAGGAUGUUGUUACCAUGGGAACUGCUCUUCAAGUUGUAUUUGCUUUAAUAGUAUACUUGAUUUACUAAGACCUUAUUUUGUUUUUUACUCAUUGAUUCAAGUUUAUUAGAAGUGGAUAAGACUAACAUUUUCUUUAAUGUUUAUGAGCGGAAAGUAGAGCAUGAUGUAUGUAGCCGAAUCAACUAAAAAAGAUCAGUACAGAAAAAAGGGCGAUUUCAGUUUUAGCUAAAAAGUUCAUAACUGUUAUUGAAUGAAGCUGAGAAUGAUACGAGGAAUUAUGCAGAUAGAGGAUUAAAUAAUUAUAGUGGUCAUUGAAUUAAUAGGGUACAGACUUAAAAUGAGUGUUGCUCCUGCAAUUCAGAUAACCAUACAUCGGUAGAGGAUGCCUAAGCUUCGUACAAUUCUACAAUUGUUUUGGGCUCCAUUAAAUCCUAAUUUUGCAUCUUUAAGUUCUGGCAGUCUUCCUUGUAUUUGACCGAGCAUUUAAUUUACUAUUGCGAUUUUAGCUGAUCGCACUGCUCUGAAUAAAGUACGGUCAAACCUCUCUACAAAGGUCAUGGGUUUACAUCGUCCACGUUUUCUGUUCAUAGACUCGAGUAUUCCCUCGUUUUCCUUAGAGACAGCAAAGCGAGAGAAAAGACCAUUUGAAAAAACAUCGUUCGCGAUUCUUAUUGGACGUAUCAUUUUUUUCACGUUUAAAAACAUCGUUCGCUCCUUUGAUUGGGUUGAACUAAUUUGCGUAUGAAAAUUUACGACAUAGCUUUUUGGUUAGUAUUUCUCAGUAUGUAUAUUCAGCCGGAUUCAUGAAAACCGCACUGGCUGGCUCCUCGAGGCCAAACACCUUAAACCGACUCAACUAAAGUAAAUAUUCGCAAGAAACUAAGCUCUUACCCAUGGUUCUCUUAAGGUGACUCUCUUCUUGGUUCCUGAUUAGCGAAGAAACAUUCAAAGUCCAUCAAAUAGACACUCUGGACUUGGCCAUACACUCUAGCUGCUUGAAGGCUCUAAAUGACAGAGGAUGCUUGAGACUUAAGCAAGUUCUAGGCAGAGAAUUCAAGGCCACAUCACUCCCGCUGACUUUCUCCCCCACCCCAGCCUAGCAGGUACUUGAGGGGAAUGCUUUCAUUGGCCAAUGGGCCUCAAACAUUACAAGAGCUUAAGGCAGACAUGACGAGUGCACUGACUCUACCACAGCAAGACUAUCGGGCAGUACCACGCUUUUGCAGCACCCCUCUAGAGAUUGACGUGGAGGCUUCUUCCCAACCCAUGCUAAGUUAGCUCAAGGACUGAGCUUGACAAUGAGACCAACCAGGACGGCAAGGCCCCUAUGUUUAUUCUAACCGCAGUGACCAGAAACCUGGCUAUCGCCAGGUUCCUGUUCGGAUAUUCUGGCCCGUUUUGAGGUAUGUUUUCAAAAAUUCGGCUCGAUAUAAUAAAGAGUUUUAUUUCAUCCCUUCCCAUAGCGGUCGCCUGUUUAAUUAAUUCUAAUUGUUAUUUUUGACUAGAAAUGCUGUUGCUUACGCAAUAGUGAAAGAAAAAUUCAAAACUGAGAAAAGACAACCUAGUGGAAAAUAAACCAACCCGGUGACGUUUUCUCCUAGAACCCGGUAAAGAUACAGAUUCCACUGGGUCUGUUACAGAGGGGUGUUCAUAUUGUCCACCUUUCAACAAGGGACACGUACCUCACAAGAGGCCACACAAGAUUUGUGAACGUUGUUCCUUUUUUUUUUAAUUUAGAGGAAACGUUCUUCUUAAUAUUAUCAUAAUACACUUUAAUAUAUACACACUCAGUUAUCUUAGUGAUCUAAACAAUCUGAUUGGUUCGCUAUCUCGGACUAUUCACCCCUAAGCGAGUGGAUAAUGUGUGAGCUCGGUGUUUUUCCCCUUUUUCAGAGAACGAUCUUUUAAAAGUCGACAAAAUCCUAGGGUUGACUUUCUUUAAGGUAAGAAAAGACUUGAAAGGAUUCAAAACGGCGUUUUUCCAUUUACUGUAGUUGAGUUUUGUGCUCGAUGGAUUGUUUACAACUCCCGUUUAUUCGCGUAGAAGAAGGCAUUUAUCAGGGGCACCCAACGAGAAUAUAGUUCAAAACCACUCAACAUAGCAUUGUUAAACGUAUUUUAGUAUUUAAACGGUAGAUUUAGGCAUAAUUUUAUCCCCUAAACAGUUUUCAGAGAUCUGUUCGGAUUUCCUAGCUGAAAGUCUAGUGAUCCGAAAAUUAUAGGGAUCAAAACUUACCUUUUCGAAAAUUUCAGCCAGAAAAAUGGCUCCCGAAAAUUCUAGGUGACCUUUUUAGGGUAAAAAUCCGUAAAAAUGGGCAAUUAUACCAUUUUUUAGCUGUUCGAAAAUCCUAGGAGAGGCAGGCAAGCAAGAAAUUUUACGACAAAUGUUCCGAAAAUUCUAGAUCUCAAAUCGUCUUCCGAACAGAUAUUUCCCGAAUAUUGACGUUGGGUGCCCCUGAUUUAUCGAAGUUUAUUUAUGACAAACAAAUCUGAAAGCAAAUGUUUGCAAAGAUUCUACGUUUCAAGCAAAUAGGAAAAAGAAUGGUACAGGAAGACGACGUCUUACCUCCCCGAGCAACCGAGCUGCCAUUUUUAUCGGCACUUCAUGCGAAGAAUGACACAACAAACCCUUUUGGCUAUAAACUUAGCGAGUCAACAGAAAACAACAAAGCUCUACUUUUCUUCUCGGGUAAGGAAACAAUUCAAACUUUUAACGGUUCCGUUUAACCCUGAUUAAGAUCAAAAUAAACUUGUUUGUAUUUUAUUUAUUUUUGUCCUUGUUCCCUUUUAUCAGCUAUCAAAAGAGUUUUGAAGGCCGCUUAUCAGUUACCUUCACACUCUUUUAAAGAAUUCUAAUCCAAUAAGACACCCUGUUGAAGUCGCUAAAUGGAGAAAUUGUUUUCCCUGUUAAGAACUCAAGACCCUGAAAACCAUGCUUUCAGCGGCUCAACCGUAUAGGCCCAAGGAAGUACUCCUCCCCGGAUGUUCGGACCAGUUUUUUUAAGUUGAAUAGCGCUAUCUGCGGAUAGAUUUCUCUUCGGUUGGUUGGUGUGUGGAAUAACAAACUGCGUUUAUGUGGUGGUCUGGAUAACACAUAUUUUGCUGAAUACUCAAACUAAUGACACAUUCUAAUGGUCAUUUCAGCGAUUUUGCUUUUAUCAAUUGCAUGAUCUGUUUAUGAUAUGUGCAUAAAACUUAUAUGUGUUGUUAAAACUGCCAACCCCAAUAAACCGGCAGCAAAUGAACAAUACCAGUUUCUGUCGCAAGAAAUGUGGUCUUUCGUGAGAAAAAAAUAUAUUGUUUUGUGAACUGACGACUUUCGCAGUUGCCAUUCGAUAUGAUUAAAAGUAGGAAAAUUCCUCAAUUCAUUGAGAUUGAAAGAGCGUGAUAACAAGACGUGAAUUUCUUAAUAUUUUUAUCCAUACUAUACAGGUAUUUAAGGACCCUAAAGACCCACUUCCGUCACUAAAGUCGAUAUAUCGGACGAUAUUAUUUCCGUUUCUUGGAAUUUUCCUAAUAUUAAUUCCAUGAUGUGUCAUGAUAUACUUUUCAAAAGACCUUUUUUCGUCAGUAUUAAAACCGCCAGCUCAGUGAAUAAUAUCCUUAAAAAAACACAGAGAGCCAUGAACAAUACCAAUUUCCUUUUUUGCUUUAAAAUGUACAGUUAGCGAAUCCAACGUGCUCUCGCUCAUGCAGUAAGACUAAAGAAAUUCGACAAUUUGAGUUGUAUGUGUUGGGCCCAGAUCGAUCAUUCAGAGUGAAGAUGCGUGAGCUGAUCCAGAUUUUUCUCAUAGUUUGUUAUAAAUUUUCUUGUAACCUUCUUAGAAACAUAUUUUUAUCAGCUAGAUUACAUAGUCAGUAAAACGCCAAUAAGGAACAUGAGGGGUGCUCAAAUUGUGUUCCUGUAAAAUAUCGGCACUCUUUCACCAUCACAUGUACAUGUAUCAAGUUUGAUUGACGUCCAGGAUUUUAAAAAAAUUCCAUAAAAAGACUCGCUGCGAGUUGAAAGGUAACUUAAAACUUAAUUAAAACCUUCAUUUGGCUAUUGUCAACAAGUCAAGCUCGGUCGUUGUUUCAUAUUAGUGAAAGAAACAGCUCUACAAGAAGAAGUGUUCAAAGAUGCUGCUAGCAACGUUUUUUAUCUUUUGAAAAUAGAGAAAUAGUGUCAACUAAGUAUGGAGAUAUCGAAGGACUCGUGACUUCGUAUCCAAAUGCCUCUGGUCCUUUCAAAUCCGUCAGCAAAUUUCUUGGCGUUCCUUUCUCCGCUCAACCAACUGGAGAGCUAAGGUUUAAAGCACCACAACCGCCAAAAGAGUGGAAACCAAAGGUUUAUUCGGCUAAAACCCAUGGGAGCGUCUGCUUGCAGCCCGCCAAACUUUUCGAAAACUCAAUGGAGCCUUUUACUUCAAAUUUCACUUUCAGCGAGGAUUGCUUAUAUCUUGAUAUCUACAGCCCAAAUAUCAGCCUCAGUUUGCCAGUGAUGGUUUACAUUCACGGUGAAUUUUACCUUCUAGGAUCAGCAAUCACUUCUCCCAGCGAUAUCCUGGCUCUCCGGGGGGGGUGGUGUUCAUUAUCCAGUAUCGUCUUGGUCCCUUUGGUUUCUUGA